AAAGAGUAAAAAACAGUGGGACCAAAGUUUUUACUUUGCAUAUAGCGUUCUCUGAUUAAUUACCAAGAGACCGAUCAGAGCGAACUUUACUUCGUUAUCACACCUUCAGUCGAUUGGAUCUUGUCGAGAAACUUUCCGUUGCAAAUAUGUCCGCUACAGCAGGCAAGGUUAUAACAUGCAAAGCAGCAGUGGCAUGGGAGGCCAAAAAGCCUCUGGUGAUCGAGGACAUCGAGGUAGAGCCGCCCAAAGCUCACGAGGUGCGAAUCAAGAUUACGGCAACUGGUGUCUGCCAUACUGAUGCCUUUACCCUGAGUGGCUCCGAUCCAGAGGGGCUUUUCCCAGUGGUCCUGGGCCACGAGGGCGCCGGCAUUGUGGAGAGCGUCGGCGAGGGCGUGACCAACUUCAAGGAAGGUGAUCAUGUUAUCGCUUUAUACAUCCCGCAGUGCAACGAGUGCAAGUUUUGCCAGAGCGGCAAAACCAAUCUCUGCCAGAAGAUCCGCUUGACCCAAGGUGCUGGAGUCAUGCCUGAGGGCACUUCCCGCCUGUCCUGCAAAGGACAGAAGCUGUUCCAUUUCAUGGGCACCUCGACGUUCGCAGAGUACACUGUGGUGGCCGAUAUUUCGCUGACGAAGAUUAACGAGAAGGCGCCCCUGGAAAAGGUGUGCUUGCUGGGAUGUGGCAUUUCUACCGGAUACGGCGCUGCCCUUAACACCGCCAAGGUGGAACCUGGUAGUACUUGCGCUGUUUGGGGAUUGGGAGCUGUUGGCCUCGCCGUCGGACUCGGCUGCAAAAAGGCCGGAGCCGGCAAGAUCUAUGGCAUUGACAUCAACCCCUCAAAGUUCGAGCUGGCAAAGAAGUUUGGUUUCACCGACUUUGUAAAUCCUAAAGACGUCGCCGACAAGGGAGCGAUCCAGAACUACCUAAUCGACCUAACAGAUGGUGGAUUCGACUACACCUUUGAAUGCAUUGGCAAUGUGAACACCAUGAGGGCUGCUCUGGAGGCCACUCACAAGGGCUGGGGAACCUCGGUGGUAAUUGGCGUAGCUGGAGCUGGUCAGGAGAUCAGCACCCGCCCCUUCCAGCUGGUUGUGGGCCGCGUAUGGAAGGGCUCUGCUUUCGGAGGCUGGCGCUCCGUUUCAGAUGUACCCAAGCUGGUGGAGGAUUAUUUGAAAAAGGACUUGCUGGUGGACGAAUUUAUUACCCACGAACUGCCGCUGUCGCAGAUCAACGAGGCCUUCGACCUUAUGCACAAGGGCGAAAGCAUCCGGUCCAUUAUCAAGUACUAAAGAAGUUGGCAUUUAUUAUUGAUUUCUUUCCACAUCUUUGUAAGAAGCUUGCUAUUAUAUGGUUUAAUAAACAUUCAGUGUAUUUUGGUA